UUCCGGUUUUUGCUUUUCUUGAGGGGACAUGUUUUCCACAAUGUAAGCAAAACCAGACAGACACACAAACAAACACACACAAUGUUAAUUGCAGCGUUAAGAAGAAUAUAUUCCAAUCCAUCAUCAAUAAUACAAUAAUUUGAGGAAAUGAUUUGAGUUUAGCUUAGCGGUUCUACGAUUUCUGUGGCUCUAUGAGGACCUUGUAAAAGACAAACAGUGACGUCACUUAAGAGGAAGUUGUUGUUGGUUGGUUGCAUUUUUUGUUUGGAGAGAAGACAGACACCUGUUGCGUAUGUAGGCUAGUCUAUACACAAGCGAAACAGUUUAAGAAUCGAGUUUGGUUUAAAAGGUGGUGAUUAUAGAGCUUGUUUAACUUUGUUCGAGUCGCAGUCAUAAACGAGAACAGCUUGGACAGGUAGACAGGAAGUGAAGAAUGGGUCAGGUGCGUUUCACAGCCUCCAUCGUUGGGUUUCUCUGUUGUCUGUCUGUUCUAAACGCGUGUGAGUGGGACUCAGACACGGACGUCGAGCAGGGUCUAGAUUUGAGCUCAUUUGAUAACGGCGCGGCUUACCUGGCUUACCUGCCGGACAUCUCGGACAAAGAGCAGUGCCAGAAUGCUUGCUGUGAGAGGGAAGAAUGCCAGAUCGCUCUGAUCGGGACUCCUGCGGACGACGGCAGUCCAGAAUGCCGCCUGGUCAACUGUUUGAAAGACGGCAAAGACGUGUGUGUUUUGACCCAGAGCACACAGUUCAAGGUGUACCGCAAGAUCCGGGAUACCGCUGAGCAAAAACACCAAAGCGAGGCUGAUGUUCGCUCUGGAAACACAGAUCUCUGCCGUCUCCCAAGUGCAGUGGGAAAAUGCCGCGCUGCUUUCCCACGAUUCUAUUACGAUGUCACCAAUCAGACCUGCAAGCAGUUUAUCUAUGGCGGCUGUGAUGGCAAUGAUAAUAACUUUAAUACCCAGGAGGAAUGUGAGGCGUCCUGUAGUGGGGUGACGGGUUCUGUUCUUACGGACUCGCAUUCUGUCGCUCAACGCAGCAGAAUGUCCAUACCCGAAAACAACUAUGAUGUUGAACCCAAGGCUCUUCCAGAGAUGACAUCAGAGGAAUUCCAAGACAAGUGUCUGGCUGAAGCACAGACCGGACUCUGCAGAGCCUCCAUUAGACGCUAUCACUACAACAAUGGCAUCUGUCAACCUUUCAUCUAUGGAGGCUGCGGUGGCAACCAGAACAAUUAUGAAACUGAGGAAACAUGCAUGACGACCUGCACAGUGAGGCUCAUUCCCAGCAACCAGAAGGCAGAUGUCAUUCCCUCUACUCCUAUCCCUGACAACCUCCCCAGCUUUGAAGAAGCUUGUGCUCUGCCAUCCGAGUCCGGCCCAUGCCGUGCAAGCUUCCGUAUGUUUUACUUUGAGGCCAGCACUCAGUCUUGUAAGCCAUUCAUCUAUGGAGGCUGCAGGGGAAACCUAAACCGUUAUGGUAGUGAGGAAGAGUGCAUGUCAUCUUGCCAUGGGAAAGAGGGGAGGUUUGAUGAACAUGGUCAUCUCAAACGUGGCCGCUGGACUCCAGCCUUCUUCCUAGUGGCCACCCUGGCCAUCAUGUCUGCCCUACUUCUGGUAGGUUUGAUCCUGAUCGCAGUGCGCAGAAACUCCCAGAAACAGUUUAUCACACUGGAUGACAAGGAGGAGUUACUGCCUGAAGAGGACCCGGUGUCUUAUGAGAAGCUACCCAAAGUGGUUUCCAACUAAAGCCGGAUGCCUUUCAGUGUCUGGUACAAACUUCCAUCUCAUCACACUCCAGCUUUCAGAUCAAUUAAAACCCACUGAGAAUUUAAGUUAAGUUCCAAUUUGAGUACAUUUUCUAAGAUUUUAAAUUAUCAACAAAGAGCAUUAUACAUAUGAUACAUGCAAUCUGCAAAUGUCUUCCACAAAUGAGGAAGCAGUUAAGUAUAACGUGCAUGUUUCAUGGUUAAAUGGGAUAUUCUACACUUUUUGUUUAAUUGUAAAAGUGGGAGAUAUUGUUCUAUACUUCGGUGAGUUGAUUGAAAUACUUCUGUUACCUUCUUUGUCAUCUGUCACUUUUUAUGGUUAUACACAUGAAGUAAAUCAGCUUUCAGGGAUAUAUUUAUCACAAACGUAAUGACAAAGAAUAUGAUUAAUAAUGGAGUGGUUUCCCAUAAACUGUUUUGACUUCACUUACAUGUAUAUGUUUCUAUACAUUUAUACAUAAGAAUAAUUCAUUGAUGAUUUUUUUUAAUGGCUUAUAACAACAAGCAUGGCACAUUUUUUCUCUAGAUUUCAUUGGUGAGAAUGAUCCUAUGAAUGUCAAAAUAUAUCUGUAGCAAAAUGCAUGCUUAAAACUGAAUGCCUUUUAACUGAACUGUAACUGUUUUAUUCAUACCAGCCUAUAUUUUUUUCAAGCAUUGUUAUUUUCAAAUCUUCAACAAUAAAGGUAAUUCAAUCAGUUA